AUGAACUUAGAAGGAAGUAAAACUUUUUCUUCAACACUAAAGAUUUUUCAAAUUGGGAUAUGGUGGUUCAUAGUUUUAAUCAAUCUUGGGUAUAUCAUGGUUUGGCUUAUGAUGCCUACAAACACCUUUUUUCUGCAUUGGUUACCUGAUAUUCAAGCAAAGACAGAUCCAAUAUAUUUUGGCAAACAAGGAACAACAGUACUCGUUUACACGUUUCCGAUUCUAUUAAUGGCGACUUUGGCCACUCUAUACCACCAUUUGAUCCAAAAAGGUUCUAAUCAUAGCAAGGCGGGGGUUUUGAGAAAGGCGUCGUGGAGAAAACCGUUGCUUGUAAAUGGUCCUCUUGGCAUUAUCUCAAAGACAGAAUUCUCUUUCAUGAUCAUGUUUGUUUUACUGUUAAUUUGGUCCUUGUGUUCUUACUUACAUGGCAUGUUUGAAAACGCGGCCUUACAAGCAGCUAACGAGCGAGAGCGAGAAUGGGAAGCCAAGUUGGAAAACUCAGCACUCGCGUUAGGUCUUGUUGGGAAUAUUUGCUUAGCUUUUCUGUUCUUUCCGGUCUCAAGAGGGUCUUCAGUUUUGAGGUUCUUUGGCCUAACUUCAGAAGCAAGUAUCAAGUAUCAUAUUUGGCUAGGACAUAUUACAAUGACCCUCUUCACAGCUCAUGGACUAUGUUAUGUUACUUUUUGGGACAAGACACAUCAAAUGUCACAGAUAUUCACAUGGAACAAAGUUGGCAUCUCAAAUGUGGCUGGAGUAGUAGCAGUGCUCGCGGGAUUAACCAUGUGGGCUACAACCUUACCUUUUAUAAGGCGGAAAUUUUUUGAGCUUUUCUUUUAUAUUCAUCACUUGUACAUUGUUUUUGUAGUCUUCUUUGUGCUGCAUGUGGGAUUUUCCUAUUCUUGCAUAAUGCUUCCAGGAUUUUACCUUUUCUUGAUUGACCGAUAUCUAAGAUUCUUACAGUCCCAGCAGAAAAUUCGGCUGGUUUCUGCUCGUGUUUUGCCUUGUGAAGCUGUUGAGCUGAAUUUCUCCAAGAACCCAGGGUUGUGCUAUAGUCCUACAAGUAUAAUUUUCAUUAACAUUCCAAGUAUUUCCAAGUUGCAAUGGCACCCUUUUUCAAUCACCUCAUGUAGUAAUACUGAUUCUGAUACCUUAAGCAUUGUCAUCAAAAGUUCAGGAAACUGGUCUCACACUUUGUACCAGAAACUAUCAACUUCGUCUCCACCUUCCCAUCUUGACGUCUCCAUUGAAGGACCGUAUGGACCAGCUUCAACUUCUUUCUUAAGGCAUGAAAUUCUGGUGAUGGUGAGUGGAGGAAGUGGCAUUACUCCUUUCAUCUCGAUAAUCCGUUCGCUACUCUUUAAGGCCAACAUCGAAGGCGGAAAAACUCCUAAAGUUCUUCUUAUAUGUUCCUUCAAGAAGUCCAUUGAUCUUACCAUGAUAGACCUCCUCCUUCCCAUCUCAGGAACCGCCCUUGACGCAUCCCGCUUGCAGCUACAGAUUGAAGCCUAUGUAACAAGAGAGAAACAGCCACCGACGAAUGAUAGAAAGCUUCUUCAAACAUUAUGGUUCAAGUCAAAUGCAUUAGACGAACCGAUCUCUGCAGUCUUUGGACAAAACAGUUGGCUCUAUCUCGGAAUUAUCAUCACAACUUCUUUCAUAUUGUUCCUUCUAAUCAUUGCCAUCCUAACUAGAUACUACAUAUAUCCAAUUGACCAUAAUUCUGACCUGAUAUACCCUUAUUUCUUAAGGUCCAUUCUUAGCAUGUUAUUCAUAUGUGUAUCUAUAGUUAUUGUAGCUACAUUUGCUUUUCUCUGGAAUAAAAAACAGAACAAGGCUUUGAGGCAGAUUAAAAACACAUCAACUCCAACAACUUCACCAGGCUCGAUAUACAACAAAACUGACAGAGAAUUAGAGAGCCUUCCCCUCCAAUCCUUUAUCCAACCAGCUAAAGUUCAUUAUGGUGAAAGGCCUGACAUGAAGAAAAUACUUUCUAACUGUAAUGGAUCGAGCAUUGGAGUUCUUGUUAGUGGCCCAAGGGAAAUGAGACAUGAAGUAGCAUCAAUUUGUACAUCUUGUUCAACAGAUGACUUAUGUUUUGAGUCCAUUAGCUUCAGCUGGUGA